AAAUGUGUGAACAUCAAACGUUGUUGUUUUCUAGCCACAUGACGAAACAGUAACAAUAAUUUCAACACGUUGCAUCUUCAACAAACAUUCAGCUACUCUAGCCAUGGCUGCUGCUAGUACUAUGAUCACACUCAAGUUCUCAUUCCUCUGGAGUCUCCUUCUCUCAGUUUCACUCUUGGGUGUAAAGUCAUCACAUAGCCACCAAAAUGGUGGGAGAAGAACAAUUCCUCCAACAUGCAAGCGCAUUGAGUGCCCCACCCAUGAUGUGAUUGAAGUGGGUGAUGGCUAUGAAAUCCGACGCUAUAAUAAUAAUUCAACUGUGUGGAUGUCAACUUCUCCCAUUCAAGACAUUUCUCUGGUUGAAGCUACAAGAACUGGCUUCAGGAGUCUAUUUGAUUAUAUCCAAGGCAAGAACAACUACAAGCAAAAAAUUGAGAUGACAGCGCCUGUGAUCACAGAAGUUUCACCUAGUGAUGGACCCUUUUGUAAAUCCUCAUUUGUUGUCAGCUUCUUUGUGCCAAAAUUGAACCAAGCAAACCCUCCUCCUGCAAAGGGUCUCCAUGUCCAAAGAUGGAACAAUAUGUAUGUGGCAGCAAGGCAGUUUGGUGGACACGUAAACGAUUCAAAUGUUGCGGUGGAAGCCGCUGUGUUGCGAGCUAGUAUUGAAGGCACAAAAUGGUCUGGUGCCAUUGACAAAAACCAGAAAGCUGGUCAUGCUUCUGUUUACACUGUGGCACAAUACAAUGACCCUUUUGAAUAUCAGAAUAGGGUGAAUGAGAUAUUGUUCUUGUUUGAAAUGGAAAGUGAAAGGCAUGCAAUUUGAAAUUUAUGAGAAAACUAUUUACAUCACUUUACAUAGCUUGUAAACUUUCUGCAAGAAAACUGAGCAGAUCAUGGUUUGAAGUAUUAGAGCAUCUGAAAUUGAUAAAAUAAAGUGUUUAACAUUCAGCUUAAGCAAUGCUUUCAGCUUAAA